UACAUUAAUGAAUUUAAAAAAUAAUUUCAUAAAAUAAGUGAGGAGGGGAUAACAAUAUCUAGAGGCUAGAGCUAGAGGGUUUUGGUUGGGGUUUGCAAAUUGCAGUUUGAGAUGUCUUGUUUGCAGGUUUCAUCAUCCUUGUUUCAGCUUUAGCAUCACACACACAAUCUCGUGAGUCCAUUUUCUCCUCUUCACCAAUCUUAAUUUUUCUUCCACUUAUUAAUUUCUUGCUUUUAUGUGAAAAAAAAAAACAAGUAUGGAUCCUAAACAAUUAUCUCUUACUUCACCCAAAUUAUCCUUUUUAUCAUCAUCUUCAUCUUUUACCCCUUUACCAUUUUUCAUCUCAAAUAAACUUCAUUUUCUUCAAAAACCAAAUUUUUCUCUCAAACUUCACUCUUCCCUUAAAAAAUCCCAAUUUUUGGGAACCAAUUUGCGUUUGUUUCAAUCGAAUUCAUCACAUGUUGGUGGGACCAGAUUUAAUAAAAUUAUGCCAAUAAGUGCUGCUGUGAAGAGAAGAAAAGAGCUUCCAUUUGAUAAUGUGAUUCAGAAAGAUAAGAAGCUGAAAUUUGUUCUCAAAGUGAGGAAAAUACUAGUGAGUAAGCCUACUAGGGUUAUGUCUCUUCAGGAAUUAGGUAAGUAUAGAAGAGAAUUGGGUUUGGAUAAAAAGAGAAAAUUAAUUGUAAUUUUGAGGAGAUUUCCUGGUGUGUUUGAGAUUGUGGAAGAUGGGUGUUACUCUUUGAAAUUUAAAAUGACUUCUGAGGCUGAAAAGCUUUAUCUUGAAGAAUUAAGGGUUAGAAAUGAAAUGGAAGAUGUUGUUGUUACUAAGCUUAGGAAAUUGUUGAUGAUGCCGUUGGAAAAGCGGAUUUUGUUAGAGAAAAUUGGGCAUUUGGCGAAUGAUUUAGGACUUCCUAGAGAAUUUCGCGACACCAUUUGUCAUAGGUAUCCAGAGUUUUUUAAAGUUGUUCAGACUGAAAGAGGUCCUGCACUUGAAUUAACACAUUGGGAUCCUCAUCUUGCGGUUUCUGCGGCCGAGCUGUCUGCGGAGGAGAAUCGAAUUAGAGAAGUGGAAGAGCAGAAUUUAAUUAUAGAUAGGGCUCCUAAGUUUAAUAGAGUAAAGCUUCCUAAGGGUCUUAGUCUUUCAAAAGGUGAGAUGAGGAAGAUAAUGCAGUUUAGAGACAUUCCUUAUAUAUCACCUUACUCGGAUUUCUCUAUGAUUGGUUUGAACACGCCGGAAAAAGAGAAGCAUGCAUGUGGAGUUAUUCAUGAGAUUUUGAGUCUUACACUUGAGAAGCGAACUCUUGUUGAUAACUUCACUCAUUUUCGAGAGGAGUUUCGAUUCUCACAGCAAUUGAGAGGGAUGUUGAUAAGGCACCCUGAUAUGUUUUAUAUCUCUUUGAAAGGAGACAGGGAUUCUGUGUUCCUUAGGGAAGCUUAUCGAGAUUCUCAGUUGGUAGACAAGGACAGGUUGUUACUUGUAAAGGAAAAACUUCGUUCGUUGGUUGAUAUUCCACGUUUUCCUAAGGGUAGGGGUGCCGGUCGCACUAGAGAUGGAGAUGGGAUGGGAGAGAAUGAUAUUGAGAACAGACAGGAUGAAAGUGGUGAAGAGGAACAAGAAUGGUCAGAUGCUGAUGAUUUAAUCAGCGACGAUGAUGAUGAUGACGAUGAUAUCGAUGAUGACUGGAUUGAUGAAGAUGAUGAUGAUUCACCGCCAGAUUUUGAUGACGAGGAGGCAGAAACAUCGGAAAUUGAAAAGAGAAAGACAAUUACACGAGUUCAAGACGCAAGACAGAAUAAUGAAAAGGUCCUUGUUCCAUCAUUCCCUGAUGGUCGUACCAGAGAACGGUGGUAAUCUUGAAAAGGCAGGCUUUCAAGCUCCAUUCUCAGAGUUAUUGAUGAAAGAAAGCAUUGGGCCGAUUGAUUUGGGAAAUGAGUUGCCAUUCACUAUGUUGGAAGAAUACGGGUAUCCUUCUUUGACCAUCCAUGGUUUGUGAAUUUUCUCUUUAAACAACAAAGAAGUAGAUAUUAUGUCCUCAUCAAAACAAAAUGUUGAACUGAUGUAGAUGAUUGUA